AUGGUUUCACGCCCCUUCCUGCAGAAAAGUGCCAUCGCCAUCAGCAUCGCCAGCCUAUUCUACAAUAUUGCAGAAGGCAUCGUCUCUGUGUUCUUUGGUGCAGAAUCGUCCUCGCACUCUCUCAUCUUCUUUGGCAUUCAAUCGGUAAUCGAGGUGCUCUCGGCCUCACUCGUGGUUUGGAGAUUUAUGAACGGACUCAAAGCUGGUGAAGAAGGUGACGAUGGAUCUGAAGUCAGAAUGAGCAAAGACCUGAGGAUAGAGAGAAUAGCAACCUUGGCUAUAGGGAUUCUCCUCGCGAUGCUUGCCCUAGCAGCCGUAGGUACAUCCAUCGCCUCCCUCAUCGCCCAUGACCACCCUAGUCCAUCUAACGCAUCACUCAUCAUCGCUGCGAGUGCUGCCUUCAUCAUGUUCUUGUUCUGGGUACCGAAGCGCUACCUUGCAAAGGCGCUGAACUCCAGCACGAUGAAUGGCGAGGCACUUUGUACCUUGUCGUGCAUACAGUUUAGCAGUGCGCUGCUGAUUGGCUCCCUCGUAUACCGUGCCUGGCGCGGUGGGUGGUGGGUCGACUCCGCGACUGCCAUCGUGAUUGCUAUGCUUUUUGGUUGGGAGGGCUUCAAGAUGAUCAGGUGGGCAAGCAACGAUAAAUUCAAUGGCAGCUGUUGUUGUGGACAAGAGGAACGGAAGGCAGAUAAACAAGUCAUGCCCGGAGUCAUCAUGAUGCAGCAGCCCAAUACAGCUUCCCAGCGCUGCUGUGGUGACUCCGGUUGUUGCAAGCCUUCACAAGAAAGUAGCGACAAAGUAUAG